AUGCUCUUAAAACCAUCGCAAUAUGCUGCUCGUCGUCUUGGACUGCAUGUUCCAGUCCAUCUCGUUCAGCAUACUCACUGUAUAUUGCUUCAUCGUCAUGACGCUCGCUUUGCUUCCACUCAAACUGCAGUAGUGGCAUUAUCUCCAGCUGCCGAGACUGCAAUCCCUCCUCACAAGCCUGCUCCUUCCAAGCGUCGUAAGAGUAAAUUAUCCAAGAAGAAAGCAUCGUCAGUAGCUACAACUUCUCCUGUAGCUUUAGAAGAUAUAGAGAUAGCAACAACGAUGAAGAAGAAGGUCAAGUCAAAGCCAAAACUACGGAAAUCCAUGUCUCAGAAACAGAUUGAGGAGAAAAUGCUGGCCAAAGCACUGGAAGAAGAUGCCAAGACAACUACAGCUGCAACUGCCACCGUGACGGUGUCUGGUACGAAGAAGAAUAAACGAAACAAUACACAGUCUACAGAUCAAGCAGACGGAGCUAGAGCGGAGGAGACUGCACUACUGUGCUCUUUCUCAUUGAAAGAGCCGAUGCCAUUAAAGAAUCUCAAGACAGAGAAGAUUACAAUGACUUUGCAAAAGAUUGCAUCGUUGCAAAAGACUUUACCUAGUGAGAAGGAGAUUGCAUCGCUGAUCGUUAAGCUUCGUCGUGUAUCGUUUGACAAUGCACAUACGUUGUUUGAUCUGUAUCGCAACUUUGGUAAUCCGUACUUGGACGAGAACUUUCUUACGCCAGGAGUGUUGGCGUGUUGUGAGGCAAAAAAACCAGCUGAAGGUAUUCAUAUUGUGCGUGAUAUGCUCAAUCAAGGACGCAAGGUAGAUGAGUCGACGUUGCGGACAUUGUUGACUGCUUGUGACGAGGCAUCGGCUGCUGUAGAAGUGAUUGAGCUUUGGAAUCUGAUGGAACAAGCUGGGAUGAAGCUGGAGCUGGCUGACUACAAUCGCUUUUUGGACAUUUGUUACCGCCAAGAGUAUCUAGAUGGCGCCAUUAAGGUGCUAAAGCAGCUUCGUCUACUUCGUCCUAUCUCAGUGCACACAUACAUGCACUGGCUGCUGCGAGCGUCAAUUGUGUGGCGAUCGGAUGCAUUUUUCGACAUUUUGAUGGAAAUGCGUCUAUCAGAAGUUGAGCCGGAGAUUAUGUCGCUCACGUCACUUGAAUCAGGACGCAAAGAUCGUGCAUUGACGGUGAUGGAAGGAGUGCGUGCCGUUGGUCUAGAUCCGUGUUUUGCAAUGUCGUCGGUAUUCUCGUCCAUGCAGUCGUCUGUAUAUCGCAAUGGACCAAGUCAUAUGGCGCUAACGAAGAAGGAUAUCAAGAUUGCGCGGGAAAAGUUUGGUGACCUGGCACCAAUUGAGCAAGAAUGGCCUGUGACGCCGAUCCCACAAGUAUUGGAGACCCAGGCAGCAGGGCUGAUUCUGCAGCAGGAAACGUUUCGCAGACUAAAGCGACAGCAAGUGAACCGCAUCGAUGAACUCUUGCAGAUGUUGCCUAUCACGACCAAUAUGACCAUUAACUUGCGCAAACAAUUGUUGCGCAUGUCGCUUGCUAGUAAACACGCAUCGUGUCCGUCGUGA